GGUUUGAUCUCUCAAACUCAUCACACAGAAUUGCAAUUACUCAUUGGAGUUACAAGUAACUUACACUUUGUUCACAUUUCGAACAAAUAAGUGUUUCCUGUACCCUUUAGCUCUUGCGCCACAGGCUUAUCUUGAUGUCUCCUUUUGUCGAUGACAAAUCACCCCACUGCAUCCCCUUCAUCCUCGAGCGGCUGAAGCUUCACCAGAGAAAGUAUGGCGGAGAUCAACAUCCCCCACCAUUCUUUGUAGGUAUCAACGGGAUUCAAGGAGUGGGGAAAACUACCUUGGUGUCUGCUUUAUGUUCGACGCUUAGGUCCCCUCCAUACAACCUGCCCACAGUCGUUCUAUCUAUCGAUGAUUUCUACCUUCCACAUGAAGAGCAGCUGGAAUUAGCUCGUCACCAUCCUCAAAAUCCACUGAUCCAACAUCGUGGCGAGCCGGGGACCCACGAUCUUGUACUAGCCCAGAGUACUUUUCAAGCACUAGCAGAACAGAAAUUUACCAAAAUCCCUUCCUAUGACAAGUCUGCGUUUGAUGGACAAGGAGAUCGCACCGAUCCGAGUACUUGGGCCCAAGUAAAUAGAGCAGGUGAAAACCCUGUGCAAGUGAUCAUUUUCGAAGGCUGGUGUGUUGCUUUUCGCGCAAUCCCCAGCAGCGAGCUGAAGGCCAAGUGGGAGGACGCCGUUCGUCGAGCGGCCAAAAAUGAGGGCCAAGGCACAUUGGGAAAACAUCAACUUAAUAAUCUAGAGUUUGUCAAUGAAAGGCUCAAAGAUUACGACCAUCUGACAGAUCAGCUAGAUGCUCUGAUCCAUUUGGACGCUACCGACACGCGAUUCGUGUAUGACUGGAGGCUUCAGCAAGAAGCCGCGCUUCGAUUAUCAAAAGGCGUUGGGAUGACGGACGAAGAAGUCAUUAAAUUUGUCGAUGGCUGUAACGAUUCUGACUAAAUUCUUAAAAAAAAAAAUCCAGAUUACCCUGCAUACGAGCUGUUCACGGAUACUCUCCGCAAGGGCGUGUUCAUGGGGGAGCAGGGAAGACAGCUCAGGCUGAUCGUAGACAAGGAGCGAAGGGUUCAGGAUGUAAUAUUGCUAUGAUGAAAGAGCUCCAUGCCAUCUUAGAUAAUGCUUAGUGGAGGGUGCUGAGUUGCUAUCAGGCAUCAUGCAUAUCAUGGUGCUGCCAGAUCUGUCAAGCAUUGCGAGCUAGAGCUAAUCUCUUUUAAGCGUCGAGGAGCGCGAGAAGCUAGGCCACUGCGGCGCUACGAAGGACAUUACGUUAUUCCAGUGUCAAUUAUUACCAGCUUGUGGAACUAUUGUGUGCCCCUCACCGCUGGACAGGUUGAUAAAGCUGAUAGCAACCGGACAUAUAAAUUUAAGUAGCGAAUAGAUAUCAGCCACGAUAUCUGGUAGUACAAAUGAUAUAUCGGAAUACAGAACAUGC